GAAACCCUUUCUGAAUAAUUUGCCAUGUCUCUGAAAAUGUUUCAAAUUUUGGUGUCUGCUCUGCUGUUUACAGCUUCUGUUUCGAGUGCUCUUGGAGCACCCUUUCUGGCAGAAGAAUCAGCAAAUCAAUUCAUGCGGCUCAAACGACACAUACCAUAUUCUCUGAGCUACUGGGACUCAAGCAGCCGCCAGAACACGUGGGCAUACACCGUGGCUGAACAGCUGUGUUCGAUGGGGUUUCUCAAUCGAGCAUUUCAUAGACUCGGAGCCUGUGUGUACCUAAUGACAACAUCAGAUCCUACAUGGAGCUACUACAGCAGUCUGGGGCUCACCUCCAACAACAAGCUAUUAAAUCCUACACAUCUUGUAUCUGGCUGUGCUAAGAUAUGGCCAGAUGUAUUUGCCAUUAUGUAUUUGAUAAGAUGACUUUAUUUCAUCCCCCACUUGGGUCUAAACCCAAAAUUAACACACUAUUUCUCUGCAUAAAUACUGCAUAUUUUAUAUUUGUAAGUAGAACUGAGAUGUAGGUCAUGGUAAAUUGAAUAAGAAGUUGAAGAAAACCAACAAUGAACUUUUAGCAGGCUGGGUUUAAAAAUGCCUAGUGUUUUCAGGUAAAAUAUUCUUUUGACUAAACAAUUGUUUGAAGACAUACAUUCCUCCUUCUGUGACUGGAAACCACAUUGUUAUUUCUCAGGAUUUUCCUUAAACAUUAAACAUUUUUGAGAGGCGAAUAAGAAAUGAAAAUCAGUCACUUUGGAUGGGUGAGAGAAGUACAGCACAUUUGCUUCAGGUAUACCUCUGUAGUUCAAGUGCAUGUACAUUUUUUCAAGUACUAGUAGUAGGUGUUACAGUACAUCCAUUCAUGUCAGUGCUUCUCUUUCCUCAUUUAAUCUUCUGUACCUGGUCUUGAAUGCCAAAACCAAGUGAACUCACAGCUACUACUGUGAGUUGUUUUUUCUUACUCCACAGAAAUAGGAAAUGGUAGAAACUUUCACGGCUCCUUUUCC